CCAUUCAUAGAUUAUGUUGUUUAUUAUUUUUUUGUGUUAUAAUUUGGCCAUUUUCUAAUUGUUCGGAAUUAUAUUUGAUUAAAGAUUUAAAAAAUUUUUCGAAAAACUUGUCAAAAAUGGGAGUUCCAGCAUUUUUCCGAUGGUUAUCGAAAAAAUAUCCAUCAAUCGUAGUACAAUGUGAUGAUGGUGUUAAAGGCGAAUAUCAUUUCGAUAAUCUUUAUCUCGAUAUGAAUGGCAUCAUUCAUCCUUGUAGUCAUCCGGAAAACAAGCCACCACCAGCGAAUGAAGAAGAAAUGUUUUUGGCCAUUUUUGAAUAUGUUGAGAAUAUAAUGAAAAUUGUGAAACCAAAAAAAUUAGUAUACAUGGCCGUCGAUGGUGUAGCACCACGUGCAAAAAUGAAUCAACAACGUUCACGAAGAUUUCGUGCAGCACAAGAAUCAUAUGAAAAAUUGAUUCAAGUACAAAAGGUUAAAGAUGAAUUGUUGGCACGUGGAAUCGAAGUACCCGAAAAAGAAGAUUCAGCUCAUUUUGAUUCGAAUGUUAUUACACCUGGUACAGAUUUUAUGAUCAAUCUAAGUGAAGCUUUACGUAGUUGGAUUAAUCGUAAACUAAGCGAUGAUUAUGAUGAUCCACAUUCGAUAUGGCCCAAAGAUUUAGUUAUCAUUCUAAGUGAUUCAUCCGUACCGGGUGAAGGUGAACAUAAAAUUAUGGACUAUAUUCGACGUCAAAAAGCGGAUAAAAAUUUUGAUGCAAAUCUUUCACACUGUCUUUAUGGUGCCGACGCUGACCUUAUCAUGUUGGGUCUAGCUACACAUGAACCAAAUUUUACGAUAUUACGUGAAGAAUUUAAACCGAAUCAACCACGACCAUGUGAUCUUUGUGGUCAACUUGGUCAUGAGCUAAAAGAUUGUACCGGACAACCAAAACCCGAAGAGGAACAGAUUAGACCUGCUGAUACGGAAUUCAUUUACAUUCGUUUGAAUGUUCUACGAGAAUAUCUAGAAAAAGAAUGUAAAUCAAACACAAGUGUUCAAUUGAAUUUCGAACGUUUCAUCGAUGAUUAUGUGUUUCUAUGUUUUUUUGUCGGCAAUGAUUUUCUACCACAUUUACCAUCGUUGGAAAUUCGUGAGAAUGCAAUUGAUCGUCUGAUAAAAAUCUAUAAAUAUGUAAUGGAAGCAUAUCCAGAUCCACAAGAUAUGUAUCUUACGAAAAAUGGUUAUGUUAAUAAACAUCGUGUACAAUUAGUACUACAAGAAUUGGGUGAAUAUGAGGAUGGAAUCUUUAAACAACGACAGCAGAAUGAUCAAAAUUUUAAAGAACGAAAUAAACGACGAAAAUUAAUGCAAGCUGAACAGGAUUUACGAUGGAUGAAACCAGAAGCGGUUGGACGUUCAGAACGGCCCGAAACAUUCAAUAAUCCAAGAGAAGAAGCUUAUAAAGUACGUAUGGCAUAUAAAGAUGUUGGAUCUAAUUCAGCAGCAGCAGCCAAUCAUAAAUUAGAACAAAUGUUAAUCAAACCGAAUGAUGGUGAAACUUCAUCAUCAAUAAAACGAAAACGCGAUGAUUCAGAUGAUGAUGAUGGACCUGAAGAUCUUGUUCAAUUACAUAAUGAUGGAUGGAAAGAACGUUAUUAUAAACAUAAAUUUGGUGUCGAAUCAGUGGAUAAAAUUAGCAAACAAGUUGCGGAUGAAUAUUUUAUUGGACUUUGUUGGGUUAUGCUUUACUAUUAUCAAGGUUGUCCAGAUUGGAAAUGGUUUUUCCCAUUUCAUUAUGCAUGUUUUGCAAGUGAUUUUAAAAAUAUCGAACAAAUCAAUGUUGAAUUCGAUCGUACGGCAAAACCAUUCAAGCCGUUGGAACAAUUGAUGAGCGUAUUUCCAGCUGCAUCAUCAAAAAAUCUACCACCUACAUGGCGUGAACUUAUGUCACGUAAUGAUUCACCAAUCAUUGAUUUCUAUCCAACAACAUUCAAGAUUGAUCUGAAUGGUAAAAAAGCUGCAUGGAUGGGUGUUGCAUUAUUACCGUUCAUUGAUGAAGAACGAUUGUUUGCAGCAUUGAAAACCGUAUACAAAGAUCUUACUGAAAGUGAAAAACGCCGUAAUUGUCAUGGUUCGCAUCUGAUUUUUACAUCGAAAAAACAUUCAAUUCUUUCUGAUAAUAUUCAAAAUGUAAUUGAAAAUGGAACCGCCGCUGAAAACAAUGAUAAUGAUGAUGGAGAUUCGAAAUCAAAAGCUAUACCAGCCGCUGAAUCACAACCGAAUUUAAUAUCCGGUUCAUUAAAGAAAAGUUCAAGCUUUUCAAUGAUUUAUUCACAGACAUUAUGUUGUGAAUUUUAUGAUCCAACCUAUUCAAAAGAAUUUAUCUUUCCUGCCAUAAUGUUGAAAAAUGCACGAAAACCGGAUACGGUUCUUCGACCACAGGAUCUUGAUCAAUUCGAACGUUAUCGUCCAAUUAUCGGUAUGAAUCGACGUUCAGAUCUUGCAAAUGUAGCUAGCAGUGGUCAUCGAAUGAUUGAAAGAUUAGUACAAAAAGAACAUGGUGGUGAACAAUAUCGUCAUGAACAAUAUCAUAAUCAAUAUGGAUAUCAAAAUUAUCGUCAUCAACAGUAUAAUUUACAACAAUAUCCAUCUGAUAAUCGAUAUUCCGAUACUAAUAAUCGAUAUAAUCAGCAACAACAUGCAAAUCGAAAUUCUGGUUAUAAUAAUAAUCAUCAUCAUUAUUCUAAUAGUAAUCCACCCAAACAACAAUCAAAUUAUUCAUCAUCAAGCUAUUAUAGCCAACAGCAGCAACAACAACAGAAUCAUUAUAGUACUGGAAGUUAUUAUCAGAAUUAUAAUCAACAAUCAUCAUCAAACUAUUAUAAUAAUAGUCGAUAUUCAACAGCACCACCACCACCACCACCAUCACAAACAUCAGGAUUCUCAUCAUAUUAUACAAGUGAUUAUGUUAAUCGUCCACGACAACAACAACAACAACAACAACAACAACAACAACGCCGAGGUUAUCCACAUUCAUAUGGAAAUUCAUCAAAUCGAUCUCAUCGUUGAUUCACAUUCAUUCAUUUUUUUCGUUUCUUUUUUUUCAUUUAAUUA